AUGGAUUCCCAGAUGGAUAGGGACCUGCUCAUUCUUUCCUUUCAUCAAAUAAUUCCAAUGUCUUCCUCUAGCUACAAUUUCUUUCACUUUUGUUUUCUUCUCAUCAUAUCCACCAACUGUUUUGCAAAAAACACUUUCCAGCCUAAAACUCUAUUCCUCGCAGUGAGGAAAGACCCAUCCACUCUACAAUACAUUACUCAAAUUUACCAAAGAACACCACUUGUCCCCGUUAAACUCGCCAUCCAUCUUGGUGGUGAAAGCCUAUGGGUAGAUUGUGAAAAAGGUUACAAAAGUUCAACGUACAAACCAGCUCGUUGUAAUUCAAGGCAAUGUGAUUAUGUAAAGUCAACGGCCUGUGGACAAUGUGACGGAAAACAAAGGCCAGGUUGCAACAAAAAUUCAUGCAUUAAUGUUGUUGGAAAUCCUGCUACAGAAACUCUCAUGGUGGGUGGUGAGAUCGCCGAGGAUGUUUUAUCGAUCCGAUCCGUUAACGGGUCCGUUCCAGGGCCCGUUGUAACGGUACCAAAAUUUAUCUUCAGCUGCGCCGAAUCAUUUUUAACAGAACGUCUUGGUAAAGGUGUUAAGGGAAUGGUUGGUUUUGGACAACAUCGUCCAGCGUCACUUGCUGCUCAAUUUGCAUCGGUUUUUCGAUUCAGUAGAAAGUUUGCCAUUUGCUUGAGUUCAUCAACUGAACGAAACGGUGUAAUUUUCAUUGGUCAUAGUCCUUAUUUCUUUAGCCUUGCAUUUGAUGCAUCGCGAGAUCUUAUCUAUACACCUAUCAUUACCUACCCGAAUUAUAUAUACUUCAAUCGGGACUCACCAGAAUAUUAUAUUCAAGUUUCGUCUGUUAAAAUUAACGGAAGAAAUCUGCCGUUAAAUAAAACGUUACUCACGUUGGACCUUGAAAAUGAUAGCCAUGGGACAAGAAUUAGUACGGCCGUUCCUUAUACCUUAUUGGAGGCUUCUAUUUAUAGUGUUGUGAGCAAAGCUUUUGUUAACGCGAUGCCUAAAGAUGUGCACACUGUCCCUGCGGUGCAACCUUUUAAAACUUGCUUUGAUUCUUCUGCUAUUGGUAUGUCAAGGCUAGGUUACAAUGCACCUGAAAUUAAUCUUGUUCUCCAUAGGCCAAAUGUGUAUUGGACAAUAACAGGUGCAAACUCAUUGGUAAAAGUUAGCGACGAUGUUGUGUGCCUAGCCUUUGUUGAAGGAAUCCAAACAUUGGGACAAGCAAUUGUCAUCGGUGGGUAUCAAAUGCAAGACAAUCUUGUGGAAUUUGAUCUUGCAAGAAAAAGAAUAGGUUUCAGUAACUCGCUCUUUUUCCGUCAAACUACGUGUUCAAAUCACAACUAUGCUUAGAGAUUCGGCAUUAAUUUGCUCAUGUUGACAUAAUAGUGGAACAGGUUUGCUGGGCUAGGAAAAUGGGUUAAUUAUUUAAUUUUAUCCUUGUAAUUUUAAUUUUCUUAUUUAGUUAUUCAGUAAUCUUCAUACUUUGAUGAUCUUUCAAAUUAAGAAUUAGGGUUGAAGUCUUCAAAAGAUGUGGUGAUCUUGGUUGAAGUCUUCAAAAGAUGUGACGAUCUUUCAUUAAAUGAGUUACUUCUAUAAUAAAUUGUGUGCCAUGUGAAUUAAGCUGACUAACUUCAUAUUUAAUCAGA